AAAACACCAGCAUCCAGUACGAGGAGGAAACCGAUCAUCAGCCCAGAUUGUUGAAUAUCAUCAUGAAACCUCAAAUAAGGUUACACAGAAUAGACGUCCCACACCUUCAUCUCUGUAAGGAGGAGGAAGAGGAUCUCACCAACCAGCAGCUCUGUAACCAGGAGAGGAACUGUGGUAUGGACCAGGAUGAACCAGAGCCUCCACAGAUGAAAGUGGAACAGGAGCAGCAAUCCACCAAUCAGGAGGGAGAUCAGCUUGUUCUGAAGCAGGAGACUGAAACUUUUAUAGUGACUCCUAAUAAUGAGGACGGUGAUCACAUGGAACCAGAACCAAACAGUAACCAGCUCUUCUUUAACAACUCUCUUCUGGCAGAGCGUCAUGUUCAGGAAGCAAACAGGGAUGUUUUCUCAGCGUCUGCUAUAAAUACAGAGCAGGAGAUGGACAGCUCAAACAGAAGCCACACUAACAACAAAGGGAACUCUUCCAGUUUAGGAAAUUAUGGUAAAAAUUACAAAGAUAAAAAGAUUUGUGGAAAAGCCUUAAAGAAAAAGUCACCAGUGAGGAAACAUGACUCUGGCAGCACUGGUGAAAAACCCUUUUCUUGUAAUGAGUGUGGAAAAUGUUUUAGAGACAGAAAAGGUGUUAAUGUUCACAUGAGAAUCCACACAGGUGAGAAACCAUAUUCUUGUAAAACAUGUGGGAAAAGUUUUACUACAAAUUGUAAAUUGACCUACCACAUUCGAACGCACACAGGUGAGAAGCCAUUUUCUUGUAAAAUAUGUGGGAAAGGUUUCAGGGAACGUGGUCCUUUGACUGUUCACAUUCGAACGCACACAGGUGAGAGACCAUUUUCUUGUAAAAUAUGUGGGAAAGGUUUCAGGCAACGUGGUCCUUUGACUGUUCACAUUCGAACGCACACAGGUGAGAGGCCAUUUUCUUGUAAAAUAUGUGGGAAAGAUUUCAAGGAAAGUGGUGCUUUGACUGUUCACAUUCGAACGCACACAGGUGAGAGGCCAUUUUCUUGUAAGAUAUGUGGGAAAAGUUUUACUACAAAUUGGAAUUUGACCUACCACAUUCGAACGCACACAGGUGAGAAACCAUUUUCUUGUAAAACAUGUGGGAAAAGUUUUACUACAAAUUGGACUUUGACCUACCACAUUCGAACGCACACAGGUGAGAAGCCAUUUUCUUGUAAAAUAUGUGGGAAAGGUUUCAAGGAAAGUGGUUCUUUGACUGUUCACAUGAGAACCCACACAGGUGAGAAGCCAUUUUCUUGUAAAACAUGUGGGAAAUGUUUCAGUAAAAGUUAUACUUUGACUGUUCACAUGAGAACUCACACGGGUGAGAAGCCAUAUGUUUGUAAUGAAUGUGGAAAAUGUUACAGGCAGAGAGCACAAUUAACUAUUCAUAUGAGAACCCACACGGGUGAGAAGCCAUAUCCCUGUAAAAUAUGUGGGAAAUGUUUCAGGGACAGUAAAAGUUUAAUUUCCCACAUGAGAACCCACACAGGUGAGAAGCUGUACGCUUGUGAUGUAUGUGGAAAAUGUUAUACACAGAGAGCUAAAUUUACUUCUCACAUGAGAACCCACACAGGUGAGAAGCUUUAAUUCUGCAUGUGGUAAAGUUACAUAAACAAGAAGGGAUCGGUUCUGAGGAUUAUGGGAUUUCUGUGUCAUGUUUAAGGAGGGCUGCAUGUGUGGCAGGGCUGAGAGCAACACAUUCAUUUCAUGAAGAUGGAAAGAGUAUAUUGGGUAAAUGUUUACCUACAGCUGUGCAACUUUACGGACCAUGUAAAGCUGCACAGGUCCCAUGUUAAGAGACAGAGAUGUAAGAAAUGCUGUAGAAAUCAAACUAAGACAGAAAACAUCUAAAACAAGAGAGGGUGAUUCUUGGGAGAGUAACACAUUG